AUGGCCACAAUCCUCCUCCACCUCCCGCCCAUUGAUCAAGCCCGCGUCCUCCUCGACGCAUAUUAUGACAACUAUACGUGGAACCACGACGUCGCACCUCGGGCAGGCGUUCAACCCAUCUUUGACCGCGCAUAUGGACUGGGCCAAAAUCCAAGCCGCGUACAUCCCCAACAACUUGCUUUGCUGUUUAUCAUCCUCGCCAUGGGAGCUCUCCACAACCCGGCCCUUCCACCCCACGAUCCUGGCGCUGAACACCACCUCGCAGCCGCGAGGUGGUGUCUCGUCAAAGGAGACUUUAUUGGACAUAACACCAUCGCCGGAUUACAAGCCCUAGUGAUCAUGGCGCACUAUGCGCUCGAGACGGAGAAAGGACGGAACGGGGAUAGCGCGUGGCCUCUCUGGGGCCUGGCAAUGCGUCUCGUCACCGCUAUGGGACUACAUAUCGACGGGCGACGGUGGAACUUGCCUCCCGAAGUGGCUGAGGAGCGGAGGCACGUCUUUUGGGAAUGUCAUACCAUUGACGUAUUCCAAGCAAACUGUUUCUCUCGCCCCUCCUCCCUCCGUCCAGAACAUAUCGAUACAGCCUUCCCAGGCGGUGGGGAACGUGACUUCCGGACCCUCAAAUUCGAGUUGUGUCGUAUCUCAGGAGCAGUCCUCGACCAGGCAAUGGACGUGAGGCCGACAGCCUACUCGGCCAUUGAUGCGCUCUAUGAGAGACUUUGCGCGUUCGAACGGCAUAUUCCAUUCGCGAUCCGGUGUCGAACCGCACUCCUAGCCUUGCCAUCAGUGUAUGCUGAUGCCGAGAGCGCUAUCCGCGAUUCACCGGCUGUGAGCGGCCAACUGGCCCUUACGUUUCAGCAGUUUACGCUCGCCCUCAAUGUCAGCGAGGCCAUCCUGUUCCUCCAACGACCGUACUUUGUACGUGCGCUCCAAGAAUCGCCGCAGGACCCAACAAGAUCAACAUACGCAAAGAGUUACCUCGCCGUCGUGGAGCGGUGUAACGUCCUCAUCGAAGUCGUCGGGGGACUGUACGAGCUGUAUCCGACCGUGACCGCGCGGCACUGGUUCUUCUGGUAUCACCUGUUCACCGCCGCCGUGUGUCUCGGUACGAUGAUCAUAUUGAACCCGACCAACCCGCUGGCUGGUCUGGUGCUAGGCCAGAUCGACCACAGUAUCAAGCUCUACUCGUCGGUUUUGCGCGACCACGCAACCCCCUCACUUGUACAGAACCACCAGUGGCUCCUUCGUCUACGCGCCCGAGCUCUCUCCAAAGUCGAACACGCGCCGCCUCCACCGGGCGACGAGGCUGACGUCGACGUCGAGUUACUCGGCUGGCGAACCAGACUGGUGGAGCGCGCACGCGAAGGUAAGCGGGCGACGACGAUCCGCCGCGAGGAUGACAGUCCCAUGUCCCAUGGCCCAUCGCCUGCUUCCAUACAGCCUCAACCGCUCGUCCCACUCGCCCCAACAAUCGACCAAGUUUUGCAACAGCAUUUCGUCGAUUCCACACCCCAGAGAACCCAGGAUCCUGCAACCGACUUUCUCCUCCACCAAUUCUGGGAUCCCACGACCCUGCUCGAGAGCCGCGAGGGCGCGGGCGGCGCAAGUAAUUGGUGGAACACUUGGGAUCUUGGGCUCCCCGAUCUACAGAAUCCAAUGUAG